AAGAAGGAGAAGGAGAAGGAAAAGGAAGAAGAAGAAUACAAACGGUUAAAGAAGAACAGGUUAGAAAUGAAAAAUAAAAGAGGAAUGAUCGUAAAAGAAGAGGGAUGGAAAAUAACCUAAUAGGAAAAAGGAAUAAUAAAAAACGGAGAAAAAGAGAGAGAAAGAGAGAAAAUAAAGAAAAAAAGGAAGAAAGGAGGGAAAAGGCGGGUAGUGGGGUAAGGCUGCGAAUUAAGGUUUAGCGAGGAGAGCAGCGUGUGCGCGUAGGGGUUGAAGAGAGAGAGAGAGAGAGAGAGAAAUAAUCGAGCAACCCCCUCCACCGUUUCAUCCCUCCCCGAUCUCACACGAACGUGCGAGCUUCGGGAUUCGAGGCGGUGUGGAAACUCGAACAGACAGCCAGUCGCUCGCCGUUCGUUCAACAACGUGGCUCGAAAGUGCGAUCCAGAGAAGCGAGGAAGGGGAGGACGACGACGAAAACGACGAAGACGACGACGACGAAAACGACGAAAACGACGAAAACGACGAAGACGACGACUACGACGACGAUGUCGCCCCUCGCCCUUCUUCUUCGAUCAUGGCCAACGUGGUCCACCAACUCGGUGUGGAACGGAUACUAUAACUGUAACAACAACAGAGUGUAGAAGGUGACACGAGGUGAAUAUCGAUCGGCGAUCGUGUGCCCUGUGCGUGUCCGACGAAUCCACAGGUAUCUCUCACCGGUAUCCUCCACUCUGUCGCGAUCUCUCAUUGCACGAUCCGUACACGCCCGUCGAUCGGCCCCAUUGUUUUCAACUGGACUUGGAUCUCCGACAACCCUUGCCCCACGAUAAUCGAAUCGAUACCCAUUUCUCGAGAGUGAGUGGAUAAUAAUCGAGAGCGCGUUCGCGAGAGGGGGAUCGAUCGAUUUUUUUUUCCAGCGAUUGACUGCCCCCUUCCCCCAACUCCCCCUCCCCUCGUGGGAGGAGCGAGCAGUAACGAGAUGAUAAUAGCGAGUGCAAAGUGUAAAGUGUCGACGAAAGGGGGGAAGAAGGUGAAGGAGGAAAGAUGCACGGUAAUCGCGAUCGAUUGUGGCCGGUCGAACGGAAGGCAUGGCGAGUGUACGUGGAUCCCGUUUCAUCCAAGGAUUUCCGAUAUUCGGCGUUAGAGGGUUAGUAAUCCUCUCUUGGUGUGGAUACAUUUAACUCGGUGGAUGGUCGGGGGCAGGAGUGGAGAGAUUUGGCCACUGGGUGACUGGGUGCCGCCCGAUCCGGGUUCAACGUUUCGAAUCAAUCGCCAAGGAGAGAGGAUCGUUCCAAGGUUCGAAGGAAGGAAGGAAGGAAGGAAGGAAAAGCGCGGCCGAGCCGAUUUCGAGCGCCGCAAAUUUUUGGGAUGAAAAGGAUUUCUCCGCUUUCCGCGAGGCUCCGCCGCAAUAAAGCAAAAGUGGAAAAGGAACGAGAGAGAGAAAGAGAGAGAAAAGAUUUUUAAACCGAGCACAAAGGCGAGGUUUUUGAUCUCGUUGUAAAAUAUCGAAUCGAUCUAGUCGAUCUAGCUGAAGUGAAUGGCGAAGCUCAGCGCGAUUACCGUGUAUUCUAUGGUUGGGUCACGGUGGCGAGGAUCAUCCCUUUGAUAUAUAUAUAUAUAUAUACGUUUAUACGUAUGUGUGUGUGUUGAAUACACUCAGCAGACAGAUAAGCGUACUCGAUACGUGGAUGUUGCGCAGAAUAUGGGGAAGGCACGAGGCGAAUUUGGCUCACGAAGGCAACAACGUGACACCACGGAGGAAAUUCUCCGACGAUUCUAAAUAAACGGAUUACGUUUUAAAUCUUGGAAUCUCUCUCGGCGUUCCACGACACACCGCGUUCCACGUGUUUCCUCCGCGAUUCGGUCGCCGUGUAUACGUUGCUGCCGCGUGUCGUCGAUCGUGUGUGGCCGGCGAGGACGUUCUUCUACAAUUCGAGGCAAUUCGAGGGGAGAGUGAAUCGAUCGAUCGAGGGAAUGAUUAAAAAUUCAAAGAAGAUGGACAGUCACGGAUGAAGCGGUGGUUGCUAUGACGACCGUUGCCAAAGUGUCAUAGGUGUGAUCAAUGAGACGCUCGACGAGGGAUUUCAAUGAUACGCCAGCAAGCGUAUCGAGGUGGUCGUGGUGAUUGGUGAGAGGCCAGUCAGGACGCGGCACCUCGUUUCUCCUCGCGUGCGCGAGGAAAUGUUAUCUCUCGAGGAGGGGCGCCGCACCACAGCACACGUAAGAAUCUAGAGAGCGUUCAAAAGUCAGCCGGGGUGAGCAGCCAUGCUUGGCAAGAUCGAGGAGGCAUCUCUUCGUUCCAAGAUCUCGUGAUCAAGAUCGACAGGUUGGAUCGGGUGCAGGAUAGUUCAGUCAGCCCGAAAUGGGGACGAAUACGGGCGACCAGUCUCUGCUCGGUUCGAUCGCGAGGAGCCUGUCGUUGGAUCGGCGGGCGCGACGUGGACCGGCCGACCUCUCCCUCGCGGGGAACGCGACCAAGGUCAACACCGUCCACGAGGAGGAGACCUCGUUGAACGACCUGCUCUCGGGAAGCGCGGCCGAGUCGAGCGGCGGUGUCGAGUUAGGCUGGUUCAACGACUCCGCGAUAACCUCCACCUCGCCCUCCUACCCCGGCGGUGGGUCCUCCUCCUCCUCCUCCUCCUCUUCCUUCUUCUCGUCCGUCUCGCCCACGUCCCUCGGAUCCGAGAAUUACACGGGGAUAUCGGACCUGUUCGUGUUCGACGAUCUGAACGAUUACAUCAACCGAUUGAAUUACAGCGCAUUCGUUAAUCUGACGGCCUAUUACGACGGCGGGGCCAACCUGAAUCUGAACGGGACCGUGAACUGCACCUCGUCCAUCGCGUCGUCCGGUGUGGUGAGUGCGGGUGAGUGCGGGCCGGCGGCGGACGUUGACGAAAAGACGGACGCCAACAGUUGGUGGGCCCUGAUCCUCGUCAUCGUCCCCUGUUUGACCUUGUUCGGCAACGUUUUGGUUAUACUGGCCGUGGUUCGAGAGAGGGCCUUGCAAACGGUCACCAAUUACUUCAUCGUGAGCCUGGCCGUCGCCGAUUUGCUCGUCGCCGUGCUCGUAAUGCCGUUCGCCGUCUACGUGUUGGUAAACGGCUCGUGGAGCUUGCCCGGCUUUGUCUGUGACUUUUACAUCGCAAUGGACGUCACGUGCAGCACCAGUUCCAUCUUCAAUCUCGUAGCAAUCUCGAUAGACAGAUACAUAGCAGUGACCCAGCCGAUAAAAUACGCCAAGCACAAGAACAAUAGAAGAGUGUGGUUGACGAUACUGUUGGUCUGGGCGAUAUCUGCCGCGAUCGGCAGCCCGAUUGUUCUCGGCUUGAAUAACACCCCCGACCGGACACCGGACCAAUGCCUCUUCUACAAUACAGACUUUAUCAUAUACUCGAGCCUAUCCAGCUUCUACAUACCUUGCAUCAUCAUGGUGUUUCUCUACUACAACAUAUUCAAGGCGCUGCGAAACAGAGCGAGGAAAGCGAGGGCCAAUAGGAAGCCUAAUUUGGGCGACAUUAAGCCGGGCAGCAUAAUAGAGAACAUUGCGCACACUCGCAGUGGGUAUUCUGUGGCAAGGUUUGCGGAGACGGCGCUGGGGGCGGCGGCUCUCGUGGCUCCCGGCAUGGAAGAGCCGACCAACACCGCUUCCGGUAGCAACGAGGACGAGGACGAGACGCCCCUUGAUCCUGUUGUGGUCAUCUCGAACGAUAAGAGCACCGAGUUCUUUCUGGCCACUGUCGUCGAGGAAGCAGCUUGUCGUUUCAGCGCAGUGGCUCAAGCUCAACUGGGCGGAGAACGGCAGAACGGGAGGAAGGAUUCUGGAUACGACGGUGCGGCGAGCACCGCGGUGAUACACGAACCUGUGCUGGAAACGAAUUCGAGCCCGAGCCCGAACCCGCGGAUCGCGUCGGCCCCGUCGUCCUCGACUUCGUCCUCGCCGCCUGCCAAGGGCGCGGCCGCGACCAGCCAAGCCUCGCAACCGAAGAAGAACGGCGGCGAAACGAACAAGCAGGAAUUGAAGAGGUUGAAGAGCACCGUCUCCCUUCUCCCUCUUCCGCUUGCGCGUACGCCAAGCGUCAUGUCCGCCUCGUCCACCUGCAAGAAGGACAAGAAAAAUGCCGGCUCCGGAUCGCGUUUCACCAUAUACAAGGCGAACAAGGCGAGCAAGAAGAAACGGGAGAAAAGCUCGGCGAAGAAGGAGCGCAAGGCCACGAAAACGUUGGCCAUUGUUCUUGGUGUAUUUCUGAUCUGUUGGCUGCCGUUCUUCACGUGCAACAUCAUGGACGCGAUUUGCACGAAGCUGACUGCCGACUGUCAACCAGGCGUCACCGCAUUCAUAGUGACCUCUUGGCUAGGGUACAUGAACAGCUUCGUAAAUCCCGUGAUUUACACUGUGUUCAAUCCGGAAUUUCGCAAAGCCUUUCAUAAACUUGUCAGCUUCUAGGCGUAUCCCAAUUUCGUUUUAUCGAGUUUUAUCUUGAAUGGAGGAACAACAACGAGACAAUUGGACAAUCGAAUAGCUCAACAUUUGUUCCGGCUGAAGGUAUAUAUGUAUAUAUAUAUAUAUAUAUAUAUCUUUUCGUAGUCCCUUCGAGUCUUUUGUAGAUGGACAAUAUGAGAACGAGAUCGUUUUCUCCUGAUUGUAAUAAAAAAAAAAAAAGAAAAAUAGCGAAAUUAAAAAAGAAAAGAAAAAGAUUAAACGCGACGCGGUGGAUCGAUCGAUGGAUGUGCGAAAUUGAGCCGAGAACCGAAUCGAAGCUUUUUAUGAAGAAUAGAAUUACAUCGUCGUGCACUUUUUACUUGUCCUUUUAUCGAAACAUCAUCGUUAAUAUUCUCUCACCGGCACUUUAUCAUCGUCCACCUUCCUCGCCGCGAGAUCAUUUCGUUCGAUAUCGAUACCGGAGGCGAUGUGCAUCGAUGUUAGAGCUGAAUUACCAAAUAAAUAUUUAAGCUAACGAUAAGUAUAGAUAUAUCGGAGCAUUAAAAAAGAAAAAAAACGAAGUCACGGUGUUUUAAAGCGCGAUGUGUCGUUAAGUGCGUCGAACGCGUCGAGAAAUUUACGUUUCCCUGCCAUUUCGAGCGACUCUGGCUUCGUAUAAAUAACACGAAUAAAGAACACGAGAGUUUAACAAUAAAAGGAGCGAUAAACAUCAGGUUAAAGCGUAAAAUCGAUGGAAGGCGUGUUUGACGAGCAAAUGAUAUAUAUAUAGUAUAUAUAAAAUUACGUAUAUAUAUAUAUAUAUACCUUGUUGGAUAUUGAAUUAUACCGUGGCAGUAUUAUCGUAGCUCGUAAGGUAUAGAGAAAUUUUUUUGGCUCAAAAAGCGGAGGAAGCGAAGCACCAGUUCCACUGGCAUACUGUUACGCGUCACUGUACACCUGCGCGUCGCGCAGUCUAAUCCCACGCCUUUGUACUACGUACGAUUUAUCCGGUUGAAGCACCGGAUCUACCCCGUAAUCGUUUCGUGAUUCGAGAUUCGUCGUUCCGUUUUUCGUCCUUCUGAAACGAGAUCGAGGAACAAGUUUCCCAACGAAACGAAAGUCCUCGAGUCUCGGGCGCAAUUUUACCCGAAUUUUAUAAAUCCGUCGAGGCAACGGUUGCGCAUUACGAUAUCGUCGGGAACGUGUUUUUCGAAUUCUAGAAAAUUGAUUCGCGCGAAGGGGGAAAGGAAUCGAGGCUGUCGAACGUGUCCAUGAUCGAAUCCACGAUGCCAUUUCCGAGGCUUCCUUCGCCGUUCGAGCGGUGCGCCCCCUCCCCCGUCCUAUUCUGACCUAUAUCCCUUAAAAAAUCAUUUAUUAUCUAUUUCGGUUAUCCACGCUUAAUAUCGAUAAGGCAGUCUAACUCUUCUCUUAAUAAUUUCUUUUUCUUUUUUUUUUUAUUCAGAAGAAUAAUCGUGAAACGUGAAUAUGAAUACACAUGCACAUUUUUCUUUGCACACUUCUCUUAAUAUUAUAGAGAAUUGUUAUUUACGGGAUUUAUUCGAAUAUUCGUAACAAUUCGAUCACCCACUGUAUUCUUGUACGAGUUUCGUAAAUACUUGUGUUCUACAAACGUGCACUGUUCAAAUAUUCGCUCACUUUCCAAUGGCUAAAAAAAAUUCGCAAUUUCGGUGAAAACCACUUCGCCUCUCCAAGUGACGGAGCGAGAUUAUUAGCUCGUUCUCUUCGAUCUAUCCAUCAUCCCCCCCGCAAUGCCAUUCGUUCCAGCUACUAAUUAAGAUUUAUGUAUUGUCUUUGGAACGUUGGUGAAACGAAAAUCGAUAGAGGGGAGGGGAAUCCGCCUGCACGUUCGGCUUCUAUCCCGCCUCCGAGAGGGCAAAAAGGGGGAAGAGAGAUUCCUCCUCCAAAGAUAAACAUCGUGUACUUAGGUGACGCGUUCGACAGAAUGGAAAAUCGAGAUAGACGCGUCAGAAGCACCUGUACCGGCUCCGUUUCACGUCCCAUCUCCACCAACGUCUGCCAAAGUUUCCGGCGUCCGAAUUUUCAAACAUAUCAAUACAAACACGACAGGUAACCGUAUAUACGAUCGAAUCCGAGCCGAUCGAACAUAUGCUGCACGAGAUGCGAUCAGAAAGGAAAUCGUUUAUCGAAUUAUUAAUCUGAAUUAUUUAUUAUUCAUGUUUAUGGAACAUCUGCGAUUGAAUAUCGUAUUACGAUUACUUUGGAAAAGGAACAAGUUUCGUUUGUUGUUGUAUCCAACAUUUAAGUCCUUAUUUUACGAUCAGUAAGUCGCUACCAUCAAUUCUUGGAAAUUGGAUCUCAGGGAACGAAACUUGAAACCAAACCAAUCGUUUCGAUACGUAUGCAAAACGUACGUAACACACUCAUCUCCUCUCCUCGUUUCACUCGAAUCCCUAGAAAUUCUCGCUUAAUCAUCCGUAUUUCAGCCGCGAUUAAACGUGCAAUAUUAUGUAAUUAUUCGAUAAGAAAAUAGCUGAACAAUGACGACAUUUAUUAUGAAUUUUUCCAUUUAUGUUGAAUUUAUAUCGAGUCGAAUCUUAAAAAAUGGGAUGCAAAAUUGAUUCCUUUUUGAUCGCAUUUCGAACGCGUAAGAUGGACUGCGAUGAAAACACGUGUGUUAACGCAACAGGAAACACGGUUGUUUCGCGCGUUUGACCCUGCGAUCCUGCAAUAACUACAAUCAAAGCUUUUUACUCUUAUCAGUUUCUGUGAACGCGUUGUAUAACUUUAAAAUCUUCCAAUGUAUAUUUGUACAUAAUUAGUAGUAAUAUUAACGAAUUGAUCGAACUGUGCAAUCGGUUUGUAAAGCGAUAUACGUGCGAAUAGAAGAUCGCUUGCUAAGAAGGAAUGCGUAAGUGGAUGGGAAUCGUUUAUGGGAUGGUAUUACAAAUUCUAAUACUACCUGUAUACUAUUAAACGUUGACAAACAAAAUUGAAACCAAAAUGGAACUUCGUUUUCGAGAGGAAUUUGAAUUUAAAAUUUCGCACGAUUCCCCCUCUCGUUUCGCAAAAAUAAUGGAAUAAAACGUUAAUAGAGGAGGCCAGUGAGCAAAACACCUUUUGCCAAAUACAUUUCCACCAAACACAAAUGCAAACUUACUUCCAAAGUUACUUAAACCGCAACACGAGUUAAAGAAACAGAGUCCAUGCAAAGUUUCAGAUCAAGAUGUUUCGAACGAACAUAAUUUCGCAAGGAAACAACAACAAGAUUUCCCAAAAGUUAGUUUCGAACAGAGAGGGAUUUUGCUCAUCGCGAUCAAGAUUCAUUUUCAAUCCUUCGAAUCGAAUCUCGCGAGAUUUCUUCAAGGCGCUUAUUUAUUAUUCCAGAAACGAUGACCAUCCGUUCACAUUCCUCGUAAGACCUAGAUACACCGCAAUUACUAAUUACUAGGGACAAAGCUAGUGCGCAUGUGCUAGGCAAAACCUUUAGGGAAACUUUUUUCUCGAUGAAUUGUGAUAAAGCUAGGUUUUGUUACUUACCUUUCACCCCAUUCAAGAUUAAAUUGCCCCAUAAUAAUUUAUGAUCAUGAACUCGCAUUACGAAUCGUCGACGAUCUUCCCUUCUUUCUAUCCUUUUUUCCAAUCUUUUUCUCGACAGAAUCGAUCGACAAGAAUGAAAUUUCCAUCGAGCGGGACGGAACGCGAUGGAUUAAAAAGCGCAUUUACCGCGUUUUCGAUUUGCAUCGAAUCUCUUAAUUCACGUCUAAUUCUUUAAACUGAAAUCUCUUAAAGCCCCGUCAAUCCAUUUCGUUACAGCGAAUCCUCGCCGUCAAAAUCGACCAACUUUCUGUCCUUUAAUAAUGGCGCGACAAACUUUCCCUUCCAUCGGCCAACAUUUAAAUUCGAUUCGACAGAUGGUGCUGCGGUGUCACUUUCACGGUGCACGGAGUCCAUUUGAGAGUAAAAGUUCUGUAGCGUCUCUCUCGAAAAUUAGUUUUCGCCAGAAAUAGACGCUAGACGUUAGCAUUAAGAUUCGUCGGCAGUAUUGAUUUUUAAAAAAAGCAAUUUUCGAGAAAAUUUUACUCUACGAAUAUGUUAAAGAUGAAAAUGCGUUUGAAAAAAAUUUUAAAAAAUUUUCUCUCGACGGGUAUUUUUCAACAGUGAGAUAGAAGCAUUUAUCCAAUAAUAAUUUUAAAUAAAACUGUCUACCAACGAAAAAUAAUUCUAGACAAUUUUCCAGAGUUUCACUUUUAAAUGUAUUCGAAUCAUUACGCCAUCGCAGAGACUAUUUUUUCAAAGAAUAAAUCCAAUAUCAAUUGGAUUAUUAAUUGGAUUAAAUUUCUUGUCGUUCGUUAAUGCGAAAGAUUCAAAUCGAUCCCUCGAUACCACGAAAUCAUUUACCAAUCUCCUUAUUUUCUUACUUUCUUCCCUUUUUUUCUUCUUCUUCCUCUUCUUUUCUUUUGUUUUAAGCGCGCGAGAAAAUUCUCGAAACGACGACCAAAGCUUCUUUCUUUAAGCAUCUUUACGCUCAACUAUUGUAUUCAAAACAAGAAGAAAAAUUAAGGCAAAGCGUAUUUAUCACGGCGAGCGAAGCUCAACAAACAGCCUAGCGGAUUGUUUUAACGCAACGCACUUGAUAAACGCAUUAUAAAAGUUUUCUUACAAUCCUGCUAAGAUCGCUCCGUAUUUUUCUAACCCUUCCUUCUUCUGUACAUAAACGUGUAUGCGUGUACGAUACACGAUACGAGAGAUAUCUGUACUCUCCGACUUGUUUAGUCGAGAAGUGCCCUCCUACGUAGCGUUUCUUUAUUUUUCAGGAACAUUUAAAUCGUAAAAAGAAUCUUUCACUUUCUCAAUUAUCAGAGAAAAUUUUAUUCUCCAAUCUCUUUUAAAAGUUACUUUUAAAAAAGUCAAGUUUAAAAGCACACGUGAAUUUUGUUCGGAUAUUUAAAAAAAUGAAGACAUUGGAAAGGAAUAUAAUAAUAAAAUCUCAAACAUUUUUUUUUCUUUUGGAUAUUUCGAAAUGCUGCGUGCGGGACAUUUCAACUAAGGGAAACAGUAUUGUAACGAGAGUAUAUGAGGGUAGCACUGUACAUCUGUGUAAAUAUACAUAUAUCUAAUCGAUAUGAAGAACGCGAGAAAUAUACGAAUGAUUGUGAAUUUCGCGGAAAUUCUCGAGAAAGGGGGCCGGUUUCUACUUCCUUGGAACGAGAACGAGACAGAAGAAAGAGAAAAAAGUAUAAAUAAGCGGAGUGGAACGUCUAAUAAGUGUCCAUGUUUGAGAGUGUGUCACUUCGGCAUGAGAAGAUUACGUUUUUUCCUAUAAAUUUCUUAAUCAUUAUUACGAAUGGUCUAUACAGGGCAUAGAUAUAAGGGAUUGUGAAAAAAAAAAAAAAAGAAACUUUAGUUCGACGAUUAGACGUAAGCGAGACGAAUCAAAUGGAGAAAGAAGAAGAAGAAGAUGAAAAAGAAAAAGAUGAAAUGAAUUAUCCAAACAAAAAAAAAACGCUGUAUGUACCGAUGGCAAUACCGUAUACAUAUUCACACGCGAGUGCAAAAAACAUAUGGGACACAUACACGAAGAAUCAAUCAGAGAAAACACACGGACACUUGUCAAAAUUAAUAAAAAUAUAGUAUAAAUUAA